GCGCAUGCGCACCCACUCUCCCCUCUCUUUCUCGCCCCUCCUUUUCGGUCCCUGCCUCGGCUCCGGCCGGCGCCCCACCCACUCCGCUCCGCAAGCCCAAUUAACCAUCUUAAGCAGGAACAGCGUCGCCUUUUGCCUACCUCUGCCUCUCCAUCCCUUCUGUUUCUUCUUCCCUUGCCUCCUGCCCUGGUGCUUUUGCCUCUCUUGCUUCCCCAUUGGAGACAACAUGGAUUUGGCCACCAACCAGUGCAAGAAAGUCAAGCUGAGCAACAAAGUGCCCAGUUGGGGGAUGCAGAGAGCUACCAAUGUCACCUAUCAAGCCCAUCAUGUCAGUCGAAAUAAGAGGGGCCAGGUAGUGGGGACCAGAAGUGGUUUCCGGGGCUGCACAGUCUGGCUAACAGGGCUAUCUGGAGCUGGGAAGACCACAGUCAGCAUGGCAUUGGAGGAGUACUUAGUGUGUCAUGGCAUCCCAUGUUAUACUUUGGAUGGUGACAACAUCAGACAAGGCCUCAAUAAGAACCUAGGCUUCUCCCCAGAAGACAGGGAAGAGAAUGUCCGUCGAAUUGCUGAAGUUGCGAAGUUGUUUGCCGAUGCUGGCUUAGUUUGCAUCACUAGCUUUAUUUCCCCUUAUGCCCAGGACCGCAACAAUGCUAGACAAAUUCAUGAAGUUGCCAGUCUGCCUUUCUUUGAAGUAUUUGUGGAUGCUCCAUUGUAUGUUUGUGAGCAGAGAGAUGUGAAAGGCCUCUACAAAAAAGCUCGUGCUGGAGAAAUUAAAGGUUUUACUGGUAUUGACUCAGAAUAUGAGAAGCCUGAAGCCCCUGAGCUGGUACUCAAAACGGAUUCCUGUGAUGUUAACGACUGCAUUCAGCAAGUUGUGGAGCUUCUCCAAGAAAGGGAUAUCGUACCAGUGGAUGCCUCUUAUGAGGUUAAAGAGCUAUAUGUGCCUGAAAACAAACUAAAGUUGGCAAAAACAGAUGCAGAGACUUUACCAGCAUUGGAAAUAAAUAAGGUGGAUAUGCAGUGGGUGCAAGUUUUGGCAGAAGGUUGGGCAACACCACUUAAUGGCUUUAUGAGAGAGAGAGAAUACUUGCAGUGCCUUCAUUUUGACUGUCUCCUCGAUGGGGGAAUUAUUAACCUAUCAGUGCCUAUAGUGCUAACCGCCACAAAGGAAGACAAAGAGAGACUAGAUGGUUGCACAGCUUUUGCUUUGGUAUAUGAAGGUCGCCGUGUGGCUAUUCUCCGCAAUCCAGAGUUCUAUGAGCACCGGAAAGAAGAGCGUUGUGCCAGACAGUGGGGGACAACAUGCAAGGAGCACCCUUAUAUCAAGAUGGUCAUGGAACAAGGGGAUUGGCUGGUAGGUGGUGAUCUACAAGUUCUUGAUCGUAUUUACUGGAAUGAUGGCCUUGAUCAAUACCGACUCACACCUGCUGAACUGAAACAGAAGUUCAAAGAUAUGAAUGCAGAUGCUGUCUUUGCAUUCCAGUUGCGCAAUCCUGUUCACAACGGACAUGCCCUGUUGAUGCAAGACACGCACAAGCAGCUUUUGGGCCGUGGCUACAGGCGUCCAGUUCUUCUUUUGCACCCUCUGGGUGGUUGGACAAAGGACGAUGAUGUUCCUCUGAUGUGGAGAAUGAAGCAACAUGCGGCAGUGCUGGAGGAGGGAAUAUUGAAUCCAGAAACAACUGUGGUGGCCAUAUUUCCCUCUCCUAUGAUGUAUGCCGGACCAACGGAGGUUCAGUGGCAUUGCAGGUCAAGGAUGGUUGCAGGAGCAAACUUUUACAUUGUGGGCCGGGAUCCUGCCGGCAUGCCUCACCCUGAGAGUGGAAAAGAUCUCUAUGAUCCAACCCAUGGUGCCAAAGUACUGACUAUGGCGCCAGGCCUGAUAACACUGGAAAUUGUACCCUUCAGAGUGGCGGCUUAUAACAAGAAAAAGAAGUGUAUGGAUUACUAUGAUUCGGAGCACCACGAAGAUUUUGAAUUCAUUUCAGGAACUCGCAUGCGCAAACUGGCCCGAGAUGGGCAAAAUCCUCCUGAGGGUUUCAUGGCUCCUAAGGCAUGGACUGUGCUGACAGAGUACUACAAAUCCUUGGAAAAAGCUUAGGCUUCUUAUUAAUUGAGGAUCAACUUUUGACGUUUGAUUUAUUAACAAGAAGAGGGACCACACAGCUACCGAUGGGCAAAGCUUUCCUGUAGUGUCUGUCAGGAUGCUGUUCCCUUAAAAAAUCCAGACCCUUUUCUCCUUAACUAUGGCAUUUUUCUGUUUCUCUUAUGGGUUCUGUUACAUAUUGGCACCUAACAAAUGGCUGCUUUUAGUGUUUUCUCUUUUAUUAUGUUUAAUAUCCUUGUGAAAAUAUGUUUUGUUUAAUCUUGUGCUUUUUUAAAUAUUAUUUUUAUGCCUCUGUACCCUUCAGUUUUCAGUGCUCCUGCAUCUUUUUAGUUAUUUUCUCUCACAUUAUUUAAUGUAACUUCUGUUUUGUAUUGUUUUCCUCUUUCAUAGUUUGAAGGACAAAUACUGCGAUCUGAUUAUAUGAGAUAGAAAUAGGUGCUAAAUCAAAUCAAAAUUAAAUAACUUUUUAGAAUAAUCCACUUUUCUGUCAAUGGUCUUUGAAACUCUUGUAAGGAAUCUCUAAAAUAUGCUUCGGUGUGCUACAAAUUAAACUUCUUUAUUGAAUGCA